AUGCCCCCAGUGUCCCCAAUCCCCGCUGUCCCCCAGCUGGAGGAGCUGCGGCGCCGGGUGGCCGCGGGCCGUUUCGUGCGGCCCAACCUGCGGCGCGUGCGGCUCUCGGCCGACGCCAUGAUGGCGGCGCUGCUGGGGACAAAGCCCCGCGUGGGCACCGACCUGCGGGCGGGGCUGCGCCAGGUGCGCAAGGACGACGCCGAGAAGGAGAGCUACGAGGUCGGGGACUGGCGCAAGAACGUGGACGCCAUGAGCGGCAUGGAGGGGCGCAAGAAGAAGUUCGAGGGGGCGGCAGCCUGAGGGAGGAGCCCCCAUGGAGCCCCCCCUUCCGCCAUCACCUUCAUCACCUUCAUCACCACCUUCAUCAUCACCACGGGCACUGGCACGACCCCCCACCCAAAAUAAACCCCCUCCCCGAAUAAACUUCCCUUUCAGCAUCAA